AGAAAAACGUUAGCCCAUCUUGUCGAUUUACCAUUGUAGACGAACCAUGUUGAACUGCCAGUUGUCAUUUCAUUUGUCUGCCAGUGUCAGCUGAGCUGUCAUCUGAAAAAUAUUUUCAGUGGCAGUGGCUGAAUUUUCUCAGUUUUAAACAGAUUUUUCCGAAAAUAAAUGCAAUUCUCGUUAUUUACGUGAUAUUAUUGGAAUCAAAUAAAUACAUAUGAAACUAGAUUUUUUCUCUCGAUUAUAAAUUAUGUCGAAAUUGUGCUUCAACUUUUCUAAACUAGCAAGACAAAUUGUUUUCGUGUAAAGAUUGCCACUCCAAACAUUAUGUCCUGCUGAAGAAGUACCGUAGCCCCUUUCCGGGGGCUACCGCGGAGCUCUGCUCUAACUUGCUGUACCUGCACAAUACAACAUUAUAUCUAUUUGACAAAGAGCUUAUUUACCUUCAUAACUAUCUAGUUUUAUUAUUAUAAUCGUAAGACAAGGGUGUGACCCGAUAUUUUAUAAGAUAGGAUAAUUUAGUUUUAAACAUGAGUAAGGGAGGACACUUGGAGGUGGACUGCACGCGGCGGUGCAAGUCCCGCAGCCACGGCCGGGCCCUCACCAGCGCCAUCACCAAGAGAUCUGUCGCUGACGAGGCCCUCGCCAGCUUCAUCAAGGGGACAUGUGCCAAUUUCCCCCAGGCCUUUGAUUUUGAGGGCCGUACAGCCUUCCACAUGGCAGCGUCACGUGGAAGGUGCAAGCUGAUGGAGUGGCUCGCCCGUCACUCCUCGGAAGCUUUCAUCAAUGCGCGGGACAGAGAGUCCGGCUACACACCCCUGCACCGCAGCAUAUUCUACGGGCAGAUUCAUUCUGCAGUUGCUUUGAUGAAGAUUGGAGUAAACACAGACAUAGUGGACAAAGACGACUACAAAGCGCUGGAGCACGCGAUGUUGGACCGUCACUACAUGUACAAAGAGUCCAAUUCGCCGUGCGACGCGUACGUGUGGGGCAGCAACUGUAACUACACUCUCGGCACUCACUCGCAGCAGAAGCUCCCGGACUUGCUGACUUGCUUCAGCCGCACUAAUACGGACGUUAAACAGGUGUGCCUCGGCAAGUUCCACUCUCUCUACCUCUGUUCCACCCCGGAGCCGGGGUCAGUCUACGCGUGCGGACAGCUGGCCCGCGCGGGGGCGUCCCACGCCACGAGCCUGCGCCCCGUGCUGCUGCGGCUGACUGAGCCGUGUGUGCAAGUAGCUGUGACUGUUGAUACCAGUGUGUUUCUCAUGCAGAGCGGAGUGGUGCUCCAAUACACGCAAAACAACUCAAUCAGCAGCCAAUCGACGAGCAAAACUCCCUCUACACUCAAGCUGCCCUCAAUAAAACCCAUUCUAAAACUCUCCAACCCUCUCGGGGUUUGUGCGUCGCGCGUUCACGCGGUCGUGUGGAACGCGCACGCGGUCUACACGUGGGGCACCAAUGUGGGCCAGCUGGGGCAUUCGGAGGGCGAGGGCUAUGUUGAGGCGCCUAAAAGGGUGGCGAUAUCAGUGAACAGCAAAGAGCAUGUCCGCAUAGAGCUGGCGCACGCGGGCGACGCCGCCUCGCUCGUGGCCACCAGCCGCGGCGACGUGUACCUGCUGCACCGACACAAGGCCAAGAAGAUCGCCAUCAAACAGAUCAACCUGCGCCAAGUGUGUGUGGAUGCCAAAGUGAGCGAAACCGGUGUUUACUCGCGGGUGACCGUGCUGCUGCUGACUAAUGUGGGACAGCUGCAUAUAUGGCAGGACCAGAGCAAUAGACUCACCAGAUGCGUGUUCGGGCUGAACCACCAAAUCUUCAUAACGCACGUGACACUCACCCACGACGCGAUGUAUUUCACCACAAAAUACGGCGAAGCUUUCAUCGGAUAUGUUUCACGAAAAAACACACCUUCAGUCGAACCAACCCCUACGAAGCGAGACAAGGAUAGAGAUAGUCAGAAGUCUGCACUAGUGAAGUUUCUAGAGAAGGACGACUGCACGUCUGUGAGGUUGACUCGUGUGCCGAAUGUGCAUAGGGCUGUGUCUAUUUCUGUCGACACGGAGGGGCUGAAUUUCGCGUGUUUACAGACUAAACCCACAUGUGGCCUGUCCGUAUCGUCGAUACCCGACCUGUCUCCUACGUGCAUGGCCAAGCACAUGGAGACAUUGAUGGAAACCACAGCUGAAGAUGACAUCUUACAUGAUGUAGUUUUUAGGAUCGGCACAAAACUGUACCCAGCGCACAUGUUCAUAGUAGCAUCAAGCAGCGAGCAUCUCUACAAACUGUUCCAAGACCAGAAACUACAGAACCCUUCUGAAAAACCGACCAUAACCCUCGAGAACGUCCUACCUGAGGUGUUUGAUAGAAUAUUAAGGUUUGUCUACACUGGGUCGUGUGACGUCGUGGAAACUGGGCCCUGUGGGCUGAAGAUACGGAGGGAGGAUAUAGUCAAAGAUGUGAAGAAGGAUGAUGAUGCGGUGGAGAAUGAGUUGGAUUUUAUUGAAAACCCCUCCGAAAUAUCAGCAUUCGAAGUGUACAACUCCCAAAGCGACAAGUCUACCUCCAAGAAGUCAGCCCGUCGCCGCCACACGGAAACGCCGCCGCGGUCACUCUAUUGUGAUCCAGUGAAGUUGGUGCAGGCUGGGGCCAAGAGGAUGGGCGUUUUGACGCUGCAUAAGAUGCUUGACAAGUUCUUCUACCGAGACGGCGCAAUACACCGUAAAGACACCACAACCACUCCCAAGAACCCCGUCCCGCUCUGGGACCGCGCCACGUUCCCCGAGCUCGUCGACACUCACGUACGGUCUAAAGAUGGCGUCUUGGUGUCCGCACAUAAGUGUGUGUUGGCGGCCCGGCUCGAGUACUUUCACGGGAUGUUUAUGCAUUCUUGGACUGAGAGUAAACAACUAUCAACAGUCACACUGCCGGUGAACCACGGGAUUCUACUACCCAUCAUCAACUUCUUAUACACCGACAGAUGCCCAGAAGUAGAGUCCUCUGAGAGUUUAGACUACAUCUGCAGCGUUUUAAUAGUCGCCGACCAACUGUUUAUAUCACGGCUUAGAGAAAUGUGCGAGAGUGCUCUAGCCAACAUGAUUACACUAAAGAAUUGUGCGGAACUUUGCCAAUUCGCUCACACGUACAACGCUACGCAGCUAAAACAGUAUUGCAUGGAGUUUAUAUCGCUAAACAUAGGUAGCAUCCUCGAAAACAGAAACUUGGAAGUCCUAGACGAUACACUUCUGGAGGAUAUCUCGAAAUACUACUGCAAGUUUAACCCUAUAAUGUCAUCGAGAGUGAUCACACCAUUUUACAACGCGCCGAGCGAUGAUACAAUCGAUGAAUGCGCUAAAUCUUGUCCCGUGGACAUGGGUUAUACGGACUUGGAAUACAAAAGAGAAGAUUCGUUAGAGGUUAAAAAGAAGAGAUCUUCCAAAAAGAUUGAGUACACUGAAAGCGAAAAGGCGCGUAAAAGAUACGAGACUGUGAGCUCGGUGACAUCUCUAGACCUUUCGCAUGACACCUCCGGCGAUAUAACGCUGUCUUUGAGCAAAAUGGCGGUCAAGGAAACAGAAAAGGGUGGUGGGGAUAAGAAAAAUAACUGGAUUGAGAUACCCACGUCCCAACAGAAGCAGCAAAAAGUAGUGCAGGCUCGCCUCAAGGCUAUCGUUAAUGCUAAGGACAUUUUGAACGAAACACCAAACGAAUCGUUUGUAACUCUGAGCAAGAAUAGUUCAUUUACAGCUAUUAGCUCAAGUCCUCUAGAGAAUACGCCCCCUUCUGCCUCCCGCAUGUCUGUUUCACCGAAAGACUCGCCAUUCGCCGAUCUAGCCCGCAGUCCGCAAGGCAAUUUAGUCAUAAGUCACGUUGGACCGAAGCUCUCUCAGAAACAAAGGAAGAAGCUAGCCUUGCAGGGCGGUGAACCCACUCAGAACCUUAACGACUACCUCAAUAAAGUAGAAACUACUCCAACAAAGCCGGCGAACCCGUGGAAAGUUGUCGAAAUGCCGACUACUAGCGCCACUCCCAGUAGACCAGUUAAGCCGGUUGGUUUCACACAGAUAUUAUCUGAUCAGAAGAAACAGAAAGAUGACUUCUCCAGGAUUAUGACUAAGCCGUUGAAUAUGACUCAGCUGGAAGACAAAGCCAUAGAAGACCUGGAAAAGUUCUACAACAUCCACCAAGUGGACGACGAGCUGAUAUCAGUCCGUCGCAUCGAGCUCCAAGUGUCCUCCCCUCAGUGGCCUCUCGUGCCUAAGUGAUAUGUUAUGUGCUAUUUUUUUAGUAACUGUACAAAUCAUUGACAUAAUAUUACUUUGAAAUCUUUGGUACAAAUACAAAAAAUUAUGUAUGAAUAUUGUAUGAAUAAUAAUAUGUUAUGUAUACUUGCCACCCGCUCAGCAUGACACCUAAAUAAACGUAGCCUGUGAUUUCAUUUGGGCUUGAUGAGAAUUCUUCUUCCUCAUAAUGUCGAUGUUCGGCGCUACGGCUUUUCUAUAAACGAAAGUAAAUAAUUCUUCCUCCUCUGUGAUAACGCCGCAGCUAUGAUCUACUCGCGGUCUUUGAUUUGAAGACUCCCUAUUUCUUAUUCCGACUGGUUACUUUCACUCAAUAUUAUUUCCUCUUUCGCAUUGGCUCUUUGAAAUACAGCCCGAUUGAUUUUCACCCGCAUUCUCUAAUUUGGCCCCUCUUCUGCAUCCUUCAACCCUAGUCCCUUCGCCAAGUGGAAGUAACAGGCGGUAAACGGAAUUGGAUCUGUUACCUAUGUUAUAAUGUUUAUUAUGAGCGAUGUCCAUGUCGAGCAGGCUAGUGGCAAGAUGAGUUGUGUCUAAAUAGGACCUCUCCCUAACAUAAUUUUGCUGAGGUUUUUGUUUGAUUGAUGUUUUUGGACUACGUCUUUUACCAUUUGAAUGAAGGUGGUUGAAGUUGUACUUGUGUACAUUGUUUAUAAGAUUGAUAAAUGAUAAGAAGCAUCUCUCACAAAACAUAGGAUGUUAGUGACUGAUGAUUUUGUGGUAUGUACUCUAUCUAUACAUAAUUUGGUACCAAAUUUUAUGAAAUAAUAAUUGUGUUUUUUAUUUUAUGUAACUUGAUCCACCAUGUUUAUUGAGAUAACUUGAACACCAUGAUGAAUUGAUGAUGGAAUUAAAUUAUACAUAGGUAAAUAUAAUAUGCUCUGUUUGGCAUACUUACCCCAAUUUAGGCAUAAUAAAAGUUUUUCUAAUCA